UCUGUCCCAGUUCAGCCCCAGUCCAGCCCCAUUUAGCCCCAGUCUCUCCCAGUUCAGCCCCAUUUAGCCCCAGUCUGUCCCAGUCCGGCCCCAUUUGGCCCCAGUCUGUCCCAGUCCAGCCCCAUUUGGCCCCAGUCUGUCCCAGUCCAGCCCCAGUCCAGCCCCAUUUGGCCCCAGUCUGUCCCAGUCCAGCCCCAUUUGGCCCCAUCUGUCCCGGUCCAGCCCCAGUCCGGCCCCAUUUGGCCCCAGUCUGUCCCAGUCCAGCCCCAUUUGGCCCCAGUUUAUCCCAUUCUGUAG